AUGACAGCGAAGAAAGCUGUGUUGCAACUGAGUGUCCACGAGGAGAGAAUCAGGCAGAAAGUGUUUGUGAGAGUUUCUCGAUUUCCAGGUGUUGUUUCGAUAACAAUGGAUGACAAAACCGGGAAAAUGACAGUAGUUGGAGAUGUUGAUGUACCGGUUAUUGUGAUGAAGCUAAGGAAGAUAUGUAACGCAGAUAUCGUUUCGGUUGAAGUUGUUAAACCACCAGAGAAAAAGCCUGAACCAGCGAAACCGGAUCCAACUAAACAGCCAGAAAUUGCCUUUCCGGUUCAGAUGAUGUACCCGUACCAAUACCAGUCGUCUUAUGCAAAUUCUUACUAUCAACCACAUUACGGAACUUCUAGAGUAAUUGUGGAGGAACCAAAUACUUGUGUGAUUAUGUAA